GGGCGCCUGUAGUGGCCAGGGCGGCGGUGCCACGGCGGGAGGCGACUGGGGAGGGGCCGUAUUGUCUCUUCCCGUCCCGCAGAGCCCGAGGAGGAGCCGGUACCCCAUGAGCAGGCCGAGAGGAGGAGGCAAAGGAGCUGCGGGGCUGAGGGCUCCGUCCUGGGAGGGGAGCGGGGGGUCCCGGUUCCCGGGACUACCGGUUCCUGGGACUACCGGUUCGGCUCUGCCCGGGGCUGUUUGUAACGGCCCGACCCUGCUGCUGCCGCCAUAGGGAGAACCGGCUGGGCCGGCGGUGCCGCUUCUGCGGUGGAGCUGUGUUGGGAGAGGCUACUCGGCUGAUUGCUGUUCCCUUUCAUUAAGGGGUUGGAAGUUGAACGUUUCCGAUGGAAAAAUGUCUCUGUUUGUAUGGAAAUGGGUGUUCGCCACUUCUCACCUCCGCUGGCUGAGCCUCCAACCCCAAACCCCGUCGGAGUCUGAUGGAAAAGGAAUUGCAGAGGUUUGGAACAGGAAAAAUGGAGCCUGAGUGGCUGGAGCAGGGGUUAGGAGCGCUACGGUCACCCACGCAGGGAAGGAUGCAUAGUGGAUCCAUUCUGUAGUGGUGAGAUGGAGCAGAAGAACCAGAGCAGGAGUUGACGAGGUGCAGGCCAUUCCACGGAGCAGUCGAGCGCUCAGAGCUUCUUCCCAGCAGCCCUGAAAUCCUGAAGGGCACAGCAGGUGCUCCGGCAGUCCUGGAAGCACUCCACUCUUGUGGCUGCGAUAGAGCUCUUUCUUCCCAAGAGAUGCUGGAGCUGUUCCUUAGGCUGGGGAGAGAGACAGAGAAACCAGCACGGGAAUAAAGAACCUGAAGAAGAGCUGGCACCCGCAGACGCUUCGCAAUGUGGAGAAGGUGUGGAAAGCUGAGCAGAAACAUGAGGCCGAGAGGAAGAAGAUUGAGGAACUGCAGCGGGAGCUGCAGGAGGAGCGGGCGCGGGAGGAGAUGCAGCGCUACGCCGAGGACAUGGGCACUGUCAGGAAAAAAGAAGAGAAGCUGGAGUGGAUGUACCAGGGCCCUGGUGGUAUGGUGAACAGAGAGGAAUAUCUUAUGGGUCGCCCCGUGGACAAAUACAUCUUUGAGAAGGGAGAAGACAAGGACGCAGGCUGUUCCAGUGAGACGGGACUUCUCCCAGGCUCCAUUUUUGCCAAGAGCGGUGCCAAUUCUGUCCUAGAUAUGGCAAACAAGAUCCGGGAGGAUCCGCUCUUCAUGAUAAGGAAGAGGGAGGAGGAGAAGAAGAGAGAAGUUUUGAAUAAUCCUGUGAAAAUGAAGAAAAUAAAACAAUUGCUGCAGAACAGCUUAGAUAAAAAAGAGAAAAAGAAGAAGAAAGAGAAGAAGAAGAAGCACAAGAAACAUCGACGUCGCAGUUCUAGCAGUGAAAGUGACAGCAGCGAGGAUGAGCGAAGCAAAAAUAAGUCUCAGAAGAGGAUGAACAGUUCCUCCUGGAAACCUGCUCCUGCCAAAGUCCCAGGAUAUGGCCUACAAGUUAGAGACCCUGACCAGAGCUACAGGUCUCGGAGCUCUCCAGCUGCCGGCCAGGAGAGGGCAUCCCACAAGCACCGGGAUGGCUCCAGGUCCAGGAGCCAGUCCCGCUCUCCUCAGAGGCGCUCUAGCAAGAAGAAUUCAGAACAGUCUGGAUGCCGGGGAUCAAGAUCUCCUUCCAGACACAGCAAACAGCACAGCAAGGAGGAAAAAGGGAGAGCCAGAAGCCCUUCCCCCAAGAAAAGCUAUCGACGGCAGCAUACUCCAGGUUACACGAGAAAGAUCUCUCCUGAGGAACUAGAGCGUAAACGCCAGGAAAUGAUGGAAAACGCCAAGUGGCGGGACGAGGAGAGAGCGAACAACCUCAGGAAACACAAAAAGGAGGAGGAGCUGGAGCGAGAACUGGAGAAACUUGACUCCAGGGAUGGGAAGUUCUUCAAUCGCUUAAAACUAGAGAGCGCAUCCACUUCUACCCUGGAGGACCGGGUGAAACGCAAUAUCCACUCUCUUCAGAGAACUCCUGCUGCCUUGGAAAAAAACUUUAUGCAGAGAUGAGCCUUGUUCUCGCUCUGCUCUUGUGAGCAGUGAAAUGGACGCUGGUUCCCAAAGGUGAGAGAAUCUCCGGCACAGAGUUGCUGCUCCCUCCAGGAACAGCUCCAUCUCCCAAAGAGGCAUUGGAUUGCCGUGCUGCAGCCUGCAGCGUGUUUGGGACUUGUGGCGCCGUGAAUACCUUUGUCAUAAGUGUGACCUUGCUAGCCAACCUUUGCUGGAGAACUCGUGAGCCUUUGUAUCCUAUUUUUAAUGCAUCACCAGGUCCUUUUCCUUCUCUCUCCACCAUAACUGCUGCCACUUUUGUACACAUAUUGCAGAUUACGCCAGGUGGGAACCUCUUUCUACGCUGGGCAGACUGUCAAGGCUCUUUGUAUGCCAGAUCAAAACACCUGGUUUUGUUAGUCCUUAAAAAUCGGAGCAGAACAAAUUCA